CUUAUGGCGGCCCAACUUACGUAUACUACAUUUGAUGUGAUUGAGGACUCGGUCAGUUGCCUUCGAGGAACGUUCACAACCGGCAAAUCUCGUGAUUUGUUUUGGCGAAAGUUUCAACUGGAACGCUUAUAUUCACUGGUCAAAGAUAAUGAAGAAAGGUUUUACGAGGCAUUGGCAAAGGAUAUGAAUAAACCACGCGUCGAAGCGCUUAGCGGCGAUAUCAGCCCUGUACUGGAAGAGUGCAUUUAUUUCAUUGACAAUAUCGAUCGAUUAGCCCGCGACGAAAAGGUUAAAUCUCGUUCAAUCCUUAAUUCCAUGGAUAAACUUGUGGUACGAAGAGAUGCCCUAGGUGUCGUCUGCAUAAUUGGUACUUGGAAUUACCCUGUGCAGCUUGCGUUGGUGCCUCUAGCCGGAGCGAUCGCUGCGGGAAACUCUGUUGUUCUCAAGUUAUCCGAAAUCUCGGUGCAUACAUCGGCCCUUAUCACGGAACUGUUCCCAAAAUACAUGGAUUCAUCACUCUAUCGCAUUGUAAAUGGUGGUGUGACGGAAACCACGGAACUGCUGAAGCAACACUUUGAUCACAUUUUCUACACCGGCAACUCUGCUGUAGGAAAAAUCGUGAUGGAAGCAGCAGCCAAGCACCUGACGCCUGUCACCCUGGAAUUGGGUGGUAAAUCUCCUGCCAUUGUCACCCCUCAGGUCAACAUUGAAACAGUAGUCAAUCGUAUUGCAUUUGGUAAAUUCUACAACGGCGGCCAGACCUGUGUUGCGGUCGACUAUGUGCUUCUUCAUCGUUCUCUACUUGAUCCAUUUGUCAGUGCUAUGCGAAAGACAAUUACUAAAUGGUUUGGUCACAAUCCCAAGCACUCAAAAGACUAUGCGCGCAUGAUAUCCGUUCGACAUCUGGAUCAAAUGGCUCAUGUAUUAAACAAUCGACAAACGGGCACAGUUGCUAUCGGUGGCGAGUUUGACCGUGAGGCAUGUUACUUUGCGCCCACUGUAGUGACAGAUGUGAAAUACAAUGACUCUGCUUUGAUGACUUCCGAAAUUUUUGGUCCGAUAUUGCCAGUGGUCUUGUACGAUACGGUGGACGAGGCGAUUAGUGUUGUGACCAAAAACGCGCCACCUUUGGUCCUCUACAUCUUCUCCAAGCAAAAAAGCACAGUGGACAAAAUCUUGCAACUGACUCAGUCGGGUGGUGUAUGUGUGAAUGAUACGCUUAUGCAUCAAGCAGAGUACGGGUUGCCUUUUGGCGGGGUCGGUAAUUCGGGUAUGGGAAAUUACCACGGCGAACAGUCAUUCAAGACAUUUACGCACGAGCGGUCGAUCAUGAAAAAGAAGCAACGGCUUGAAUCGCUUGUAUCUUUGCGCUAUCCUCCCUAUACAUCCAAGACAUACACGAUCCUCCGUAUGUUUUUGCUAACCCAUCCUGCCAUGGUCUAUUACAAAGUGAAUCGUUGGCCAAUGAGGAUCGGGGCUAUUCUUAUCGUCUUGGUAGCCAUCCUGUUGAAGAAGAAGCUUUAAUUGGAUGCCCUCAGCUGCAAGUUAAUGAACAGCGCACUGUAAUCUGGUUUCACAAUUUUACCACGCUCUGAUUGGGACGGACAGUUAACCAUAUUUCAUUAAGCAUCCGAU